AUGGCGGCUGUGGCGGUGGCUGCCGCAGCAGGAGCGUUGGCGGCCGUUCGAGCAAACAAUGCCAAAAAGACCUAUAGCAUGUACACCCACGAAUCCCCUUGGCACAACGUACCGUACUCACCCCCGCGGAGGAUGGUGGAUGAACCAUUGGAUUGGAUCACAAUAACUUGUUUGGAGGAGCUAUACCAUUUGGGGAAGGAAGUGGCGCUCCCUCGUAGCUUUGGGGAGCUGAAGAAGAUUGGUGCAACGACAUAUGGUGCUACCUAUGUUAGAGUAUCGAACGUACAAGGAGCCGAGAUAAAUGACAUCCGGGUGGUGAGAGUGUGGGAUCGGGUUGUUUUUUCCCCCCCAAAAGGGGAUGAGGAAUCGAUUGCACGGGUCACGAUCACAUGCUUGGAGAAGGCGGAUGUUGUUGGAGAGGAGCUCUUGGUGCUACCUCAUCAUAGCCUCGAGGAGCUGAAGGAGGUUGGUGUGAAGAAAUAUGGUGCUUCCUUCACGAGAGUGUUGAGCGAAGAAGGAUACGAGAUCAAUGACAUUCGGGUGGUGAGGGACGGCGAUCAGAUUGUUUUCACCCGCCAGGUUGAGGAAUCGAUUGUACGGGUCAAGGCCACCUGCUUGGAGAAGGGAGAUGCUGCAGAGAAGCUCUUGGUGAUACCUCGUUGCCUCGAGAAGCUGAAGGAGGUUGGUGUGAAGAUAUAUGGUGCCCCAUUCGUCAAAGUGUUAAGCGAAGAUGGAAAUGAGAUUAAUGACAUCCGAGUGGUGAAAAAUUGGGAUCGGGUCGUUUUCGCCAGCCAUAAACCGGCUGAGGAAUCAAGUGUACGGGUCACAAUCACAUGCUUGGAAAAAGGAGAUGAUGCAGAGGAGCUCGUGGUGCUACUUCGUAGCCUCGAGGAUCUGAAGCAUAUUGGUGUGAAGAAAUAUGGUGCUUCCUUCACGAGAGUGUUGAACGAAGAAGGAAAUGAGAUCAAUGACAUCCGGGCGGUGAAAGAUGGUGAUCAGAUUGUUUUCUCUUGUCAGAAACGGGCUUUAGAGGUCAUGUUCAAGUGCUUGGAGAAGGGAGUUGAUGUGGGGGAGUUUAUGCCUCUACCUAGUAGCAUUGAAGAGCUGAAGGGGAUUGGUGUGAAGAAAUACGGUGCCCCAUUUGUGAGAGUGUUGAACAAACAAGGAAAUGAGAUCAAUGACAUUCGGGUGUUGAGAGACAACGAUCGGAUUGUUUUUGCCAGCACGAGGGAAUCAAGGGUCACGAUCACCUGCCCGGAGAAAGGAGAUGAUGCGGGGAAGCUCAUGGUGCUACCUCGUAGCUUUGAGGAGUUGAAGUGGGUUGGUGUGAAGAUAUAUGGUGCCUCAUUCGUGAGAGUGUUGACCGAAAAAGGAAAUGAGAUCAAUGACAUUAAUAUGGUGAGAGACAACGAUCAUAUCAUUUUCGCUACGUAUAAACGAGAUGAGGAAUCGAAUGCACAGAAACAUGUUGAGGAAUCGAAUGCACAUAAAUGGAUUGAGGAGUUGAAUGAACAUGACAAGAUCACUUGCUUUGCAAUGUUGAGCGAGAUGUGGCAAUCUAUGAUAAAAGGAAAUGAGAUCAAUGACAUAGACAAGGUGAUAGACGGCACUAGUGUUGUUUUUGCCAGCUGUAAAGGGGAUGGGGAUGGGGACGGGGACGAGGACGAGGACGAGGAAUCGAAUGCACAGUCAAAUGCGCAAAAUUGGGUUGAGGAGUUCAAUGAACCUGACAAGAUCAACUGCAUUGCCAUGUUGAGUGAGAUGUGGUACUCGAUGGUAAAGACCUAUAAAUAUAUUUUAUUCGGGAAAUGA